AUCUUUCAGACCCAGCUCCUCAUUCUUUAAAUAUACCCUCCUACAUGGCCUGAACCCCGUCGGCAGGCAGGAAAAACUAGAACUAGAACGCCAUGGGGACGGCGGUGGAGAAGCAGCUGCAUGUGGUACUUUUUGUAAUUUACGCGAUUCUGUGGAGUGUCGGCUGUGCAAAGGAGGAACAGUACGUGUCGGCAGUGGGGGACCCGGGAAUGAGAAGAGAUGGGUUGAGGGUGGCGUUUGAAGCUUGGAACUUUUGCAAUGAAGUCGGUCAAGAAGCUCCAAACAUGGGGAGCCCCAGAGCUGCUGAUUGUUUUGAUGUUUCAAGUGAGGAGAAGAACAGAAAGACUCGAAGAGUAAAGCAGGAUUCUUCUCUGUCCCUGACGCAUAAAGUAACGGACGCUGAUAACAAGCUUGGAGUAGGCACACCAUUUGAUGGAUUGAAUCCAAAAUAUUUGAACAGCCCAGAUCUUUAUGCAGUGCAGAAAGAGCUGUAUCUAGGUACUAAAUGUGAAGUCACAGAGGACCCAAAACCAUGGCAAUUUUGGAUGGUUAUGUUGAAGAAUGGCAAUUAUGAUACGAAAUCUGGUCUUUGUCCUCAAAAUGGGAAAAGGGUGCCUCCUUUCAGUCCAAACAAGUUUCCUUGCUUUGGAGCAGGGUGUAUGAAUCAACCCACCUUCAAUCAUCACAGGACAAAACUAUUAGGUGAUGGUACGAUGAGAGGAUGGUUCAAUGGGACAUAUGAUUUGGGUGCUGACACUGGUAGUGGAAUUGAUGGGAUAUCUUUCUAUGAGGUUGUUUGGGAGAAGAAAGUAGGGGAAGGAAAAUGGGUUUUUAGUCAUAAACUUAAGACUUCAAAGAAAUACCCAUGGUUGAUGCUCUACCUUAGAGCUGAUGCAACCAGAGGAUUCUCUGGCGGUUACCACUAUGAAACAAGAGGGAUGCUCAAAACUCUCCCAGAGUCACCAAAUUUCAAGGUUAGAGUUACUUUGGAUGUGAAACAAGGGGGAGGAUCCAAGAGCCAGUUCUACCUGAUCGAUAUGGGUAGCUGCUGGAAGAAUAAUGGAAAGCCAUGUGAUGGAGAUGUGCUUACGGAUGUAACAAGAUACAGUGAGAUGAUAAUCAAUCCUGAAACUCCAGCUUGGUGCAGUCCCACGGCUUUGGUCAACUGCCCACCAUACCACAUUACUCCAGACAACAAAAAGAUUUAUCGAAAUGAUACUGCCAACUUCCCAUAUGGGGCUUACCAUUAUUACUGUGCCCCAGGCAAUGCUCAGCAUCUAGAGCAACCUGUCAGCACUUGUGAUCCUUAUAGCAAUCCUCAGGCACAAGAAAUAGUCCAGUUGUUGCCACAUCCCAUAUGGGCUCAAUAUGGCUAUCCAACCAAAAAAGGUGAUGGAUGGGUUGGGGAUGCCAGAUCUUGGGAGCUUGAUGUUGGGGGACUUUCUGGUAGACUCUACUUCUAUCAGGACCCAGGUACCCCUCCUGCUAGAAGAGUAUGGACAUCUCUUGACACGGGUACUGAAAUUUUUGUAAGCAACCAAGAUGAGAUAGCAGAGUGGACCGUCAGUGAUUUCGACGUUCUUCUCACAUGACUCACAAUUUUUCAUUGUAUAAUUUAUUACUACCAUUGGCUGCAAGGCUGCAAGCGUAUGCACAAAGGAAGAAAAAGAUGUACUAAAACAAAUAAAGAAGGUAACAAGACGGGGUUCAUUCUUUAUAAUCCUUUAUAGAGGGCCAGGAUGAGAACCCAAAUAAAGCUCGCAAGAGCCAGGGCAUUCUUGAUCCUGGAUAUCCCAUCUCAUUCCAUACCUACUUGUAUUCACAAUGUCAUAAACAGAUCAUCAAAUGAUCUGGACAGACGCAGUCUCGAUUUUUCAUUCACUAGUGAAAUUAUAAAUCGUUUGACAUUUU